GUGUGUGUGUUUACAUGUGUGGGGCUGAGCCAGCUACCGUAUGCUAAGGACCCGUCCCCUUCACAGGCGAUCACAGUGACAGGGACUCUGAGAGAGAGAGAAGAGGUACCUCAAACCCUGAAGGGUAAAUCCACGUCCCCCUUACGUUUUCAACGUGUGGUGUCUCUCUCGCUCACUUUGAUACUUUAGCUGGCUAUUCUCAUGAGUCGCCAUUUGCCUGCGUGAGAGCUGGUGGUGUUCUUUUCCCUCGCUGUUCUAUUCCUGGUGUGUGAUCAUGGCCUGUUGUGUUUGGAUACCCUGACAACUAGAAGCUCUAAAGCAGUUGGCACUUCCCACCGCCUCUCUACCUCCAGUGAUGUCAUGCUGAAGAAGGAGCAGAAGGACGUGGAGCUGGAUAAAAAGAUUGAGGCUCUCCGCAGGAAGAAUGAAGCCCUCAUGAAGAGGUACCAGGAGGUAGAGGAGGACAAAAAGAGAGCGGAGGAGGAAGGAAUGGCACUGCAGAGCCCCAAGGGCAACGCAGGGGACUUAACCAUCACCAUCAACAAGUCUACCACCGAGCCUCGUGUUGUGAUGACCAAACCAGGCACGUGUGGUUCUCCCACCCCAAAGGGGAUCCAGGACCUUGGGGAGAGGGAGGCGGAGGGGAACCUGCUGGGCUCAGGACGGGGCAGGAGGAAGCAGCUACUGGUCACCAUGGCUGGCAACACAAAGGGUAAGAGGGUGGUGAGUGAAAGGCUGGAGAGAAGGCCAGGUCCAGGUCCCGCCAGUCUGCUGAAUGUGAAGAGCCCUACAGAGGAUGGCUUGCACCAGCACCUUGUGGAAUCAGCAGGCAGAGGAAAACACCAGCACACUAACACAGCAAAGAAGGACACAGGACCACAGGAUGAAGGGGGGCAGGGAAAGUGUGUGACAGAGGAGCGUCACUGGCUGUCAGAGUGUGAGCCUUACUACCAGAAGUCUGAGGGGCCAGGCCUGGCAGGCGACACAGACCUCACCAUCCCCACGUCCAAAGAGGAGCAGCAGGAGUACCUGCACUGGAAGAAGGAGCGUGAGCAGAUCGACCGGGAGCGCGUGGCCCGCCACAGAAAUGCCAAUGGCCAGUGGAGGCGGGCGUGGGACAUGGACAAAACAGAGAAUAUGUUUUCAGAUAAAUCUGAGGAGAGAGUACAGGGGCCUCCAGAUAGAGGAGGAAGAAAUGCAAGGAGAGGUUACCCCAAAUCAAAUGCUGAGUCACGGGUUCAGCAACCACGGGGAAGAGACAAGGGGGUUAAAAAAGUGCCAGCGGUCAGCAGUAAAGCCAAGGGCAAGGAUCGGCUGACUGGGAGGGCCAGGAGAUGGGAUGCCAGCGAGGAUGGGGAUGAUUUGCAGGCCUCCGAGACAAGUUUGGAGGAAUUCUUAGAAGAGUUUGAUGCUUUGGGUGGGCCUGACGUAGACGACUCCACUGCAGAAACUCCAGAGAUCAAAGAUGUUUACCUCAAAAUUGAGUCUUUCCUGACCCCGGAUGUGGUGAAGACCGAGGAGGUGAGUGGACCCGUCAGUCCUGCCCUGGACCAAGCCGACUGGUUUCAAGCCCCAGCCGACACCUUAGAGGAGGGUACACCCAGACAGGAGAAGGCUAAGGAAUCGUCCCCUCGAGCUGCAGAGAAGAAGGUCCGCUUCUCGGUGGAGCUCAAGGGGCCCGGGGCCUACGAGCAGCCCAGUACGGGAGCCCAGAACUCUGCCCGCUCAGAAACCACGGGAGCCAGCACUUUAAAAGUGUCCUCCCCCAGCAAAAACAGCUAUGAGGUGGAGAAGCCGAACCAGGCCCCCGAGGGCCCUCCGAAGGACGCUGGUAAUGCCCUGGACCAGGGUAAUAAACCUGCUAAAGCUCUCCAGGCACAAAGCUCAUCGGAUGGGCAGACACCGGGGCAGGAGGGCUCUGAGCUUGCCGAUACCUCCAAAACAGAGUGUGCUGAAAGCGGCCAUGACAGUGUGCCCACCCCUGUUUUUCCCACUUCACACAGCAAUGUCAAAGACGCUGCCCCUCCACAGGAGAAUGCUGUCCAGCCUUUAGAACAUGCUAAGAGCAAUAGCAACAGAAAUACAGAGGAACUGAUUGACUCUAGUCUGUCUGUUCUGAGGCUGGAGUCAGGAGAGACUCACCCAACCCACACCACCAGCACUGACAAGGCAAGAGAAAAUGGGAAGAAUGUUUGAAGGACUUUCAACGUUUAUAUGAAUUAGUCAAUAUGUAAAACCAAAACAUGCUUAAGUAGAGAAUUUACCAUAAGCCUUUUCAGUUGAAAGUGGAACUCACAGCACUUUAACUACUUUGCAGAUAUGAAACAGACAAUCAUAAUAUCAGUCAAAAAUAUCACAUUCCCAGUUCAUGCUACAAAACCAACUUUAUAAGAGGUUUUAAAAAUAGGUUCUAUUUGACAAAAAAUUCCAUGACGUAGAGUAAGGCAUUAUUGGCAGAAUAGAUGGAUGCAGUUCAAUGCAUGAUUCAUCUAAUUCACCAAUACAUUUCAUGGUAGUCCAAAAAAUAUCGCUAUCAGCUUGUAAAUCACAGCUGGCCUGGUACAUUGUUUGCUGCCUUCUUUCGGGAUGCACUGCUUCAGUUUCAAUGACGCAAUAUUUUGUCCAAAAUAUUGACAAAUAUAAUUUAGGCUCGGAAUGUCAAUACAAUAGUGAUGGACAUUCAGAGUAUUUUCUGUGAGUUGGCUAAUUUGGCUCCGUUCACUUAAAAGAGCUGGCUCAUUUGGCUCUGAAACGGCUCUUUGUUCCAAAUGCUUAAAAAUUGACUUUGACCCAUGAUUUUUAGAACCACCUAAAACCAAUCUCCAAUGUUAAGCCCAAAAAGUAGGCUACCAUUUAUAUCAGAUCGGGAAAUUCGGAUUCAAAUAUAUUUUUACCUGGCCAAAUUUAUUCGAUUAUUAUUAGUUUAAGCACUGCAAAAAUGAGUGUGGACCCGAAUGUAUGCAUAGUAUUUGUAUAGUAGCAGUAUGCAAAUCAGGAAGCCAAAUGAACGUCUCUUUCAACAAUGCAAUUCGGUUCCCGAUGUUCACCAAAAAGUUAUGUUCAAGCUAACUACCCAUCACUACAAUCAAACUAGCAAGGGCAAUGAUCACAAGUCAGCCAUAACGUGGCUAAUAGGCUAGCGUAUCUAUUUAUGUAGCUAUUUAUUUAGCAAGCUAAAAACACAGCCAAAUGAGCUAGCUGCUGGGAGGAUGUCAUGUCAUUAGAUGAGUGGGUGAGUGACCGACUUUUUCCACUCAUAUCGUUUUUCGGUGGCAACAGCUAGAGAUGAAUUUGGUUAGCUAGCAAGAAAUGUGAAUCGCUUGGCUAGCUAGCUAGCUAUGCUGAACUUGAACGACCGUUACACACAGUUUGCAUGCAGAUCUCUUAGUUGUCAAUCAAAUGUAUUUGGCAUCAAUCAAAUGGGCGGGCAGGCAGUUCCCAUUCAGUUGUCAAAACGUAGGUUGGGACAAGCAUGCAUUGGCAGGCAAGCUGCAGAAUGGUUAGCAGGCUACUUAUUCUCAAUCGUUUCAGUGCAAUUUUGAGGGCCAACUACAAGCUGAAAAAGUUUGAGAGGGUUUAUCUAUUCUUGCCUCGUUAGAUUUUAAAUCAUCUAGCUCUGGCUAACAUUAGUUGUUGAUUUUAGGGAGGGAUAAUCUACCUGUUAUUGAUUGUUUGUUCAAUUGGACGGUAAAGUUCCCAAAUGUAAGAGGAGUCCCGUGGUGUUUACAUAUUUGCAGAAAUCCAUUUUCAGGUGUAUUUUUUUGGCUAAUGGUUUAAAGUCACGCUGUUGCUACUGCCUGUAAACACACAGUCCAGUUCAAAGUGAAAGAUGGCAGGCCCAUGUGGCAAAUGGCUUAUUUGCAUAUAGACCUACUGUGUAGAGUCCGGUCUGUGUAGAAUCCGGUUCUGGACAGGACUGACACGUUUUUAAUUAGGUUUUAUUUACUGCGGUGUCUAUUAAUUGUCCAAAUGCAGGGCCGCUUUCCCCACUACAUAUUACUAUAGAAUUUUCACAAAUGCCUUACUCGACAUAAUUUCCAAUCAUUCUAUGAAAGUGUGAAAGUAGGAAAAAAAACAUUUUAGUGCUAGCUUGUCAGAAAAUGCUGUCAGUUCCACUUUAAUAGCACAUUUGCUUCCAAUAGCUCUUUGAAUAUGUCCUGUGCCUAGUUGGUCAAGGUGAGACUAGCAUCCACAAUGUUCUUUCAUUUGAAACGAUGCUAGUUGCUCACAGUGGGAAAAGGAAACGAUAAAUGUUCAAAGUAAGUCAUUUUGAGAAUUUUGUCUGCUUGAAAAUACUUACAAGCACUUUAUUCUUUGAGGUAUGAGUAUUGACAUGUCAUACAUUAUGUAAGUGUGCUAUUUGAAUGGCAAACUUAUGUUGAAUGGCUGUCUUUGUUUACAUUUGAAGUAUUAUUUCAAAAUACCAGUCCUAAUGCUUGUAUUAGUUCAGUUCCUAUGGAUGACUAACGGACAUGACCUGAACAGGCCCUGCGUUUAAACUUCACCCUCCGCAACUGAUUGUCAAUCAAAUGACCUGGUGUUGUUGUGUCAAUCUUUGCCUUAGCAGUAGGCCUAAUUUGAAUGAUGAAAUAUAAUUAGCAUUAUAUGCUUAUAGUUCUACUGUACACUGGCUGUAUUUACAGUGCUGUGAAAAAGUAUUUGUCUCCUUAUACUCAAUAACUGGUUGUGCCACCUUUAGCUGCAAUGACUGCAAUGUGCUGCACAUAUUUUUGUGUCUGAAUGUUAUCAGAUCUUCAACCAAAACCUAAUAUUAGAUAAAGGGAACCUGCGUUUACAAAUAACAAAAAAAUAUGCAGUAUAUACUUAUCUUAUUUAUUUAAUUAACAAAGUUAUGCAACACCCAAUUCCCCUGUGUGAAAAAGUAACUGCCCCCUUAUAUUCAAUAACUGGUUGUGCCACUUUAAGCUGCAAUGACUCCAACCAAACGCUUCCUGUAGUUGUUGAUCAGUCUCUCACGUCACUAUGGAGGAAUUUUGUCCCAGUCUUGCAUGUAGAACUGCUUUAACUCAGCGACAUUUGUGGGUUUUUAAGCAUGAACUGCUCGUUUCAAGUCCUGCCACAACAUCUCAAAUUGGGAUUAGGUCUGGACUUUAACUGAAGGCCAUUCCAAAACUUCAAAUGUGUUGCUUUCUAGCCAUUUUCAUGUCGACCUGAUUGUGUGUUUUGGAUCAUUGUUUUGCUGCAUGACCCAGCUGCGCUUAAGCUUCAGCUCACAGUUGGCUGGCCUGACAUUUCCCUGUAGAAUUCUCUGAUACAGAGCAGAAUUCAUGGUUUCUUCUAUUAAGGCAAGUCGUCCAGGUCCUGAGGCAGCAAAGCAUCCCCAAACCAUCACACUACCACCACCAUGCUUGACCGUUGGUAUGAUGUUCUUACUGUAGAAUGCUGUGUUUGGUGUUCUCCAGACAUAAUGGGACCCAUGUCGUUCAAAAAGUUGACUCAAGUUUGUCAAAAAGCACCUGAAAACACCUGGAUGAUAAUCAAGACUUUUGGAAGAAUGUUCUAUGGACAGAUGAUUCAAAAGUAUAACUUUUUGCACACUGAGUUACAGCAGUUUUGCAUUGAAGUGUGGGCCAAAAUUCCUUCACAGUGACGUGAGAGACUGAUCAACUACUACUGGAAGUUUAGGGUUCCAGUCAUUGCAGCUAAAGGUGACACAACCAGUUAUUGAGUGUAAGGGGGAAAUUACUUUUUCACACAUAAAAUAACUAUGUAAUUGUUGUGUUAUUUGUUCACUCAGGUUCUAUUGAUCAAAUAUUAGGUUUUGGUUGAAGAUCUGAUAACAUUCAGUAUCAAAAAUAUACAAAAGUAGAGAACAUUAAAAAGGGGGCAAAUACUUUUCAUGGCACUGUAUGUAACUUUUCUUAUUAUCAAUUAACUAGAAAGCUCCGACCAUUGCACUUAUCUGUUGAUAUGAUAGCUCAUUCAUUCAUACAGUAGUUUACGGCUUGGUUUGGUGAAACCAGUUACAUGAAGUAAAAGUCAAUUCAAGUGCAUUAUUUAAGUGUGGGAUUACUAUGUAAUAUAAAGUUCCGUAUACAUUUUCUGCUAUUUUCAAAUACAAAUCGUAUUGGCAAAAAAGUAAAUAUAACUAAAAUGCUAGAAGGUUCCUCCUUCAAUGAUGGUUGUUAAUUGUUGCAUUGUUUUUCUUCAAAGAAGAUGUAGGAACUACUUCACGUUUAGUUUUGAGUGAUGUGCUAUUAACGAAUGGUCAAUGUUGAUGUAUUUCUCUCAAUUGGAUUAUCAAGUACUAUUUUCUGGAGUGUAAACUCUUACUUGUUGACAUUAGCAGAUGGAUUGCUUUAUUUAAAAUAGGGAAAAGGUCAUUAUUCAUUUCUCUGUUUUAUCAUACUUUGAUAGACUGACAACAAAAUAUGACUGCGCGCCUUACCAUGUAAUAAAUAGUAAGUGUAUUAAUGAAACACUUUCGUUAAUUUUGUUUUAUCAUACUUCUUUAUGCAAUUCAGUGUACAGCACAUGUUGGAGAACAUGGUAUUAAAAGCACAUUGCCAUAGCCAAGUGACAAUUUACAGGAGCAAAUUGAGGUUCUUUCGAUUGUUAUUAAAAGGAGCUGUGGAGGUGAAAAAUAAAGAGUGAAAUUGAGAGUGAACAGAAUUGAAGUUAUUUGUUGGGAGAAAACAGAAGUGAACAAAUUGAUCCCGGGAGAGGGAGAAAGGGAGGGAGUUGUACGUAGGGAGGUUUUUUGUGCGAAGUAGUGGAAUUGACUUCAACCAUGUGACUGUAGUGCAACACGUACUUCUCCUGUUCAGUGCCUGUUCGAUUUUAGAUAAGGGUUACAGUUUGUUUGUUUGUUUGGUAAGUGUAUUUAUUGCUUGAUAUUUACGUCAUCACCAAGCCUUGCCUAAUGACACUUGAACAUUUUAGAAAUGAUUGUCUGCCAUAUUACUGCUCCUUUCAACAUUAAUGUGUAUCACUGUGAGCCCUGUGCUCCAUGGACUCACACAGGAUGUUUGAAUAAUUCAAAAAAAGUGUGUGUCCAUUGAGCUUUUUUACAGUCAAAUUUCUUCUUUGUUUGUAUUAACUUGAGUGCAAAUUCCAUGAUUGUAAAACAGUUGUAAGUUAGCAUACAACACAAUAAAAAAGUACCCCCUGUUUCA